CGCCAAGAUUUUCCUCGGGGCCAGAUACGAUUUGUCGGGACCCGAUCGAGUCGGCCGGGGUAGGACAGGAUGAGCCAAUCUGGCUAUGGCCGAGAACAUCAGCACAUGGACAAGCACUACGCGGCAAGUACCAGUCACCAUGCUGCAACGGACAGCGGCGCCAACGGCAACCACCCAGACCAGAGGCAACAACCGCAACAUACACAACAUCGACCGCAGCAUAGUCAGCAGCAACAAUAUCACGCAUCGUCGGCGUCGUUGCCAACGGCACUGCCUCCACAUGUAUACUCGACGUCGCAGACGACAUGGACAGCACAAGAGCUGCACUUACUACACAAAGGCUUGACGACGUACCCAUCGGAGCGCUACGACAACAUCACACGUUGCAUCAAGAUCGCAGCCACGAUCCCAGACAAAUGUAUUCGUGACGUUGCGAGCAAGAUUCGAAGCAUUCACAUGUCCCAAGCCAAGCAAGCCAUGCACAGCGACCAACGGCACAUGCAUGCACUGACCGCGCCACUUGCCGCGCUCUCAUCCAAGCGGCAAAAGCGCGACAACAACGACAUGCAUAUGGUGCCGCUCACGAUCAAGAAGGAACCGACUGUAUCCCUCGAAGACUCGAUUCGAAAAGGUCUCCAGGAAAACGACAGCACACUCCACUCGAUGCGCGCCAACUUGUCCUCUGGGCAACUGCGCAGCAACCUCCACCUCAUGGCGCAGUUCCGGGACACAUGCAAUGUCAUUGUCAAACGGUCAGUCAAUUUUGCAUGUUGUCGAGGUCACGUUCCUUUCUGCAGCCUUGGCGCCAUGUGCUCAGCCGUGCCGCCGCUCCCUGUACACCUCGAUAUGUCCUUGCUCCAGGCGCCGCCGUCGCCCGUCCAGUCGCUGCCGCAGGCAUCACACAGCAACCAAGACGACAUCUAGUGGAACACAUAUUAGAAUCGUGGACAGUACGGAUAAAUCCACAUUUUUUCGCGGAAAUUGGCUCUUUUCUGGAAAAAGUAUCAAUUUUGAACUUCAUUUAAAAAACCACGAGAGGGCAAAGUUUUCAGCGCCUUUUGAUCGAGCGGUCGUGGCUUCGACUCCGACUGCGCUUGUGGGAUGCCCGGAUGCUGCUGCUGCUGUAAUGAUUGCUGCGCUCACGCGGCUCUGGUUUUGGAAUGAAGUUCUUCUGCUUGGACUCGAGCGUCGGCUUUGGGGUCGCGCCAAGCCCUAGUCGAUAGUGCCGCAUUUGAACUUUGGACCCCGUUGGCUCGACGCGAUCCUUUCCUGUCCAUCCCAUUCCACGCAGUAACGCAGCGCCAAAUUCUUCAAUCGGCACCGCUUCAAACGCCUCGCUGUGGAUGUCGAGCUCGUCUGGUCGCAUCGACAAAUCAUGCUUGAACUUAUUCGUUUCCCCAACGAUCUUGUCCAUGCCUGGGAUUCGAUUCCUCGUCAACAUGGGUGCGUCUUUCUUUUUCUUUUGUGACGUGUUCUCCUCGGCAGCGCCCAUGGGAAUCACUAGGGUCGACUCCGCUGCAUCUUCCUGCUCUUUCCGCGAACUGUUGCGAAUAUCUUCCAGCAGUGCUUCAGCUGCCUUUUGGUCCUCUGUCCAGUUCGCCUUGAUGCACGGAAUGACCAACGGACCGUUCUUGGACCCUGCCAACGGGUCUUUCAGCAAGGCAUCACCGGAUGUCGUGAACCCGACAACAAUCUCCUUCUUUUCAUCAGUUUCUUUGUCCUUCUCUACACGGAAGCCACCAAGGGAUGUCUUCGCCGCCGUCGCGCCCAGCGACUUCUUCUUGCCCUUGAGUGCAAACCCUGAGAAGCUCAUGCGCGAUGGCCGCUAGUGCCGAGCGUUGUUGACACGGUGCCCCGGGGCACCGAUCGAACAUUUUCUCUUGGUAUUGGUAUGGAGCGUAUCAUCCAAUCAAAGCGCGUAUUGAU